UCUUAACUUUCAUUUCUCGCCUGGCUCACCAGAGAUCAGACUUAGCGACUGAAGGCUCAGGACACUUACUGUGGCCUCCAUUUGCUCCUCUACACAGAGUCAGGAUCUCUUGGUUGGCGUCAAAACGUGUGAGAGGAAUUUUGGAGGGCAGAGUUUGGAAGAAUCUAGGAGAAAACACUCUUUACUCUGUUGAGGGUUUUCCAUCAUCCCUGGAGUGUCCAUCCUGAUUUUCCCAUAUUUCUGGUCCCCCUUUUCCUCAUCGAAAUUACACAAGUAUCUGAGCAGAGUGUCAGGAGUCAAGACAGACAGACCCAGAAUCACAGCAACAAUGGCCUCAUCAGUCCUGAUGAUGAUCAAGGAGGAGGUGACCUGUCCUAUCUGCCUGGAGCUCCUGAAGGAACCUGUGAUUGCAGAUUGUGACCACAGCUUCUGCCGAGCCUGCAUCACACUGAACUAUGAGUCUAGUAAAGUCAAUGAAGGGGAGGGCAUCUGCCCUGUGUGCCGUGUUACGUAUAUGUUUGGGAAUCUGAGGCCUAAUCGACAUGUGGCCAACAUUGUGGAGAGGCUCAAGGGGUUCAAGUCCAGCCCAGAGGAGGAGCAAAAGCUCACUGUCUGUGCACAACAUGGAGAGAAACUCCAGCUCUUCUGUGAAAAGGACAUGGUGGCCAUCUGCUGGCUUUGUGAGAGAUCUCAGGAUCACCAUGGUCACCAAACAGCUCUCAUUGAAGAGGUGGCCCUUAAGUACAGUGGGAAGCUCCAGGCAGCUCUGCAGACACAGAUGGCAAAUGAGAAAAGAUGUGAUGAAUGGGAAGAUUAUCUUCAAAAGGAGAGAACUUACUGGGAGAACCAAAUACACAGUGAGGAAGAAAAUGUUCAGAUGGCAUUUGAAGGACUGUGGGAAUUCCUGGACUCCAAGAAGAAGAGUGAGCUGCAGAAGCUGAUGAAGGAGAAGGAAGACGUUAUGAACAGCCUGGCAGAGUCUCAAAAUGAGCUGGAGAAGCAGAGAGAGGCAGUGAGAGACCUCAUCUCAGAUAUGCAGCAUCACUUGCACUUCCCAACCAUAGAAAUGCUGCAGGGUGUGAAAUCUGUCCUAACAAGGAGUCAGACCUUAAGAGUGACACUACCCACAAUGAUCCCAAGAAAACAGAGAAGUAUCUUCCGAGCUCCAGAUGUGAAAGGCAUGCUGCAAGUGUUUCAAGGCCUCAUGGAUGCCCAACGCCACUGGGUUCCUGUAACCCUGCGUCAAGGGUACAAUAACAACGUUCUCAUUGAUAUGGAAAAAAGACAAAUACAAUAUUUAAAUAAUUAUGGAAGAAAAUUGCAAGAUAAUGAGACCUUUGCAUUAGGUGUCCUUGGAUAUCCAGCUUUCCAGUCAGGGAAGUAUUACUGGGAAGUAGACGUGUCUAGAAGUGAUGCCUGGCUCCUAGGAUUAAAUGAUGGAAGAUGUGCUCAACCCCAACUUCAUUCAAUGAAUCAAAUGGGCAUCAUGUAUAAUUCUCAUGAUAAACAACAUGUAAAUUUUCAACCUAAAUAUGGCUACUGGGUUAUAGGUAAGAAGAAUAAGUCUGUAUAUAAUGCCUUUGUAGAGUGCUCUGUCACCCACAAUGCCAGUGUCUUGGCCCUCUCUCUGACUCAUCCUCCCAAUCGUGUUGGAGUUUUCCUGGACAGAGAAGCUUGCACUCUCUCAUUUUAUGAUGUUUCCAACCAUGGAGCUCUCAUCUAUAAAUUCUGUGACCCUUCCUUCCCUAAUACAGUUUAUCCAUAUUUUAAUCCUAUGGAAACAUCACAGCCAAUGACAGUCUGUGGACCACCCUCCUAAACCCUCACCUAUAUCUGCACAGUGCCCCCAUGUCUGGUAUAUUUCAUAUGCCUGAGCUCUGUGGGAUCAUUUUAACUUGUUUUUUCUAUCUUUGGGUGCAGGGAAGCAUUGAGUUGCCUUGGCCUAGCUGCUUUGAGAAGCAUGUGCCAUAGGUUUCUCAGGUUAGAUUCCAUGUGUCCUGGGGUACAAUGUGACAUCCAGUUCUUGAGAGACCAAUGCACUCCCUCAGGCAGUGAAGUGUUCAGGCCAUUUCAGGUUUCUCUGUACAUUCCCUUAGGAGUCAAGGAAGCAUGGAAUCUUGACAGGACAGUUGAAUUUAGACAUUAAUCUUGUGUACCCUGUAUGACUUUCAACCUUCAUUGUUUCCUGGCAACUGCAACUAUAUUGAUCUGGGAAAUUACCAUUGCAAUCUGUUCUGAUAAAGGUGUAAAAUGACUGAUUUCUCUCAAUAAAAUUGUCACAGCUUCAGUCUUGCUGUGGCCCCUCCAAGCCAA